GCGAGCACAUCUUAAGAGAGGAGGGGGGUCUCUGCCUCUGCGAAGAGGCUACGCUGUAGCCACAAACACAUUCACAGAUGUGUCUCCAUGCGUUGUGACAGCCAGAAAGAGCCGCUACACUGAAUGUAGAGGAAGAAAUCGAGGGUCGGAGAACAGAGACCACCAAGCAAAUUACAACACCGUUACUGCGGGGUCUUGCCAAAAUCCCUCUCGGAUCGUGGGCUUGAGUGAGAGUGUGUCUGACAGUAGAAAGAAGAAAGGGGGGGAAAUCUACCAGCUGAUUCGUUCUCGAGGCUCCUUAUUACAUGUUUCCACUUUGAAACCUCAAUCCAGGUUCUACAGCACAAACAAAUACAGAAAUCAUCUCAACGAUCUGACAAAAAACAAAGAAGAUCAGAGGAGAUACUGAAGAGAGACAAAGAGUAAGAGAAGGACCUAGAGGAUUUUCUUGACGAAUGAAGCAUCAGGCAGCAUGUGGUGGAAAUAGCCGCAUCUACAUAAGCCGCCUGCUGCGGACGUGACAGCCCACGUGGUCUGGAUGCCAGCAGCUGCCUCUUGGAGCCCACGACGGCCCCUGGCAAUCUGAGAAACGUCCUCCGUUUCGCGCCCCCGACCCCCCCGCUCCGCGAGGGACUCAUGAGGAUUAUUGAGUCUCGGGAUUAGUGAAGUGUCCACUUUGGCCGCGGGAGAAAGGGCAAACUAUUACUCGUACUUUGGAUGUACCAGAGCAUGAGGUGCUCUGGGAGCCGGCAGUGUGGUGGAUGACCUCCAGUAUGCGGCCGUCACAGCUGGACCUCACGCUUGUGGCCAUCCGCUGUUUCUAACCAAUGGUAAUGACCAGGCAUAGACCCAGCCCUGGAGAUGCCGAAGAGAAGAGAUAUUCUUGCCAUCGUGUUGAUUGUGUUACCGUGGACCCUUCUCAUCACUGUGUGGCAUCAAAGUGCAAUUGCCCCCCUACUUGCCAUCCGAAAGGUCUGUCACCAUCUAGUAAAAGAGAUCUUAAUCAUACCAGAGCGACUAACGGUCUACCGACACCGGCUAGCAGAUGAUGGAACCGAAAGCAGGCGUGAGGCCGGUCCAGCCACGGACUCAAAGGAGUACUGCUCGCAAGACAAGGACAUAGUGGAGGUAGUCCGUACGGAGUACGUGUACACGAGACCUCCGCCCUGGUCCGAUGUAUUGCCCACCAUUCACGUCAUCACCCCGACGUACAGCCGCCCGGUGCAGAAGGCCGAGCUUACGCGACUGGCUAACACCUUUCUCCACGUGCCCAACCUACACUGGAUCCUAGUGGAGGACUCUCAGAGGAGAACCCCGCUGGUUACAAGGUUGCUGAGGGAGACGGGGCUGAACUACACGCACCUCAAUGUGGAGACCCCAAGGAACUAUAAGCUGCGAGGGGACACGAGAGAUCCCAGGAUUCCUCGAGGAACCAUGCAGAGGAAUCUGGCUCUGAGAUGGCUACGGGAGACCUUCAACUCCAACAGCAGCCAGAUGGGAAUCGUGUAUUUCGCAGACGACGAUAACACGUAUAGCUUGGAGCUCUUUGAGGAGAUGCGCUCAACCCGUAAAGUAUCAGUGUGGCCAGUAGCGUUCGUUGGAGGUUUGCGGUACGAGUCUCCGAAGGUGAAUGCAGCUGGAAAAGUCUACGGCUGGAAAACAGUUUUUGACCCUCACCGGCCCUUCGCCAUCGAUAUGGCAGGUUUUGCCAUCAACCUGCGGCUCAUUCUGUUUAAGCCUCAGGCCUACUUCAAGUUGCGUGGAGUGAAGGGAGGCUACCAGGAGAGCAGCUUACUCAGAGAGCUGGUCACUCUUAAUGACCUGGAGCCAAAAGCUGCCAACUGCACUAAGAUUCUUGUGUGGCACACGAGGACAGAGAAACCUGUUCUGGUGAAUGAAGGAAAGAAAGGCUUUACAGACCCAAAUGUGGAGAUCUGACAUCUGCUUCAACAGUGGUACGGUUGCUUUAAGACCCAAAAGAGGAUGUCAGAGUUUUGGCAACACCUUCAAGGUUUUGAACAGUCUGGAAUGCUUUGUCCUGUAAACCACAUUUUAACAAGCUCAACAAUAUGAACCGAUUAUUCUAAAGCACAGAUUAGUUGUUUUUUAUAAGGCAAUAUGAUCAGUAUGUUGUGGGAACAACAUCAAAGUAAGGGGGUGCCUGACAUACUGUACAAACAGAAUGGAAAUAGUACUGUACUAUGAAACAGUUUUCAUCUCAUCAAGACCUACAGAGAAUGCUGAGAACUGGAUCUUCUCCUUUCCAGGACUUUAUUAUCUCUGCAUUAGAAAGAGACACUGACGGGUCUUAAUAGAUUUGACAACAGUGAACAUUGAGCCGUUUAAGAUACAUAGUUCUUUUACUGUACGUCUACAAGACUGACAUUUAAACACAAAGAAGGGAAUGUCUUCUUUUUUACAUAAUGUGUACUUUUAAGUUUAUGUUUUUGUCGUUUACAUCACUGUCUUGCUACAGCACUACUGAUAUUCAAAUGUUUGCAUCAAUUCAGCUUUACUCGGCGGUAAUACACCAUUUACCAGGGCUAGCUGCUGUACUUGAUUUAGGAUCACAACGUUGCAACAUUUGUCCUUAGUCCUAAAGGUAUGAAUAGCACUUGAACUUUGUCCAGUGUUCCUGUGAGGACACAUGAUGUAAAUAUAACUUAAAGAUGAACAAUCAUAGACUUCGAAAUAAAGUGAUCUAGCAUUCAACUCAACAAGCAAUGUAACUACUGUAUUUGUACUUAAGUGUAAAGUAUUCAUUUAUAAUUUACAACAACAUCCAUAUCCAACACAUACAGUAAUACUUUGCACAUACACCCGUGGUGAAAGGAGACGGAAUGGUGGGGAAAGGUUUGGUAUUACAGAACGUUAGUAUAUUCGGUAUUAAAUGGGCUUGCCGUAGAGAGCUGCACAGAGUUCGCCUCAGUAAAUAUUCAGCUAUAUUAUAUGUCAAAACUACGCUUUGGGCUUUGACUCUGCGGAGGGGAGCUGUCUUGAAUAGAUGUUGCUGUACUAAUGAAGCUAAUACAGAGUCAGCCAGGAUUUUGCAGUGAAUACAGAAUGUCUGCUUUCUUACAAAGCUAUACUCCUAUAUAAAAAAUAAAGAGAGGCAGCAUGUGCAUAUUAUGGGUAUCUUGUUGCACAUCACUAAAACAGCAUGAGCAAAACACUUAAGAUUCACUAAUUUUAUAAAGAUCUGGCUUGAUUAGCAUUAAACUACAGUACUAUAUGAGGAGUUCAGAUGCAAAACCCUUCAUUUUUUACGUUUAGGUUCAGUAAUUUUACUUUAAUGGCAAUGAAAAGGUUAUUAGUUAGUGAUUGUUUAAAAUAGAUUUUCACAAAUGUUACUUAAAGGCGGGGUGCGUGAUUUUUGAAAAACACUGACUACCAAAACACACUUGUAGCCAAUCAGCAGUAAGGGGCGUGUCUACUAACCGACAUCGUUGCCCGGGUUGCGCAUGUGUGGGGUGGGUCUAUCAAAUGAAGGUCCAGAUUUUAUUGGGGUAGGGGCGUGUUUGUUUAGGUGAUUUCAAAUGUCAACAUUGGCUUUCAGAGAUCAUGGACCCCCCCUUUAAGUCAUUUUUAUAAAUAUUUCCCAAAUUUGAAUGUCUUUCGCUCCAAGACAUAGUAAAUGGUUGCAACUACUGUAGAAACUUUGCAAAUAAUGAAAGUCAGAAUGUAAAAAAGUGAACCACACAUUAGGGGGCGCUGUGAUCCAUGCAACUGUCACAUUAGGCUUGUAUUCAGGUUCAAACUCAAAAGGGACACAAGUUUGAAUUUGAUCCACGGUCAUUUUGUGAGAUUUCGCUCAUCCAGUUCUUCUUUGUACACUUAGAGGAAUUUUAGAAAAUUAGAUAUUUAUCAUUAUCACUAUCAUUAAAUUCAUCUAAUUUUUGUUGGAUGUAGCGUUUAGCAAAUUUCGCAUCUGAGCUCCUCAUAUCAAGACAGCCCUAUAAAAAGACCAGCUAAAACCAGCCUUAGAUGGUUUUUAAGCUGGUGUAGCAGGUUGGUUUAGAGGGGUUUUGGCCGAUUUCUUAGCUGGUCAGGUUGGGGGUCCAGCUGACCCACCCGCCAAAACCAGCUGAUCGGCUUGACCAGGCUAGAGGACCGGCUUAACCAGCUAUGCCAGGCUGGGAGGACCAGUUAAAACCUCCAUCUUAAACAGGCUAAAAUCAGCCAACCAUCUUAGCCAAGUUGUUUUAACCUGGUUGGCCAGCUGGUCUUUCAGCCUGACCAGCUAAAGAGUCCGAAACCCUUCUAAAACCAGCCUGCUACACCAGAUUCCCCAGCUAAAACCAGACUGGGAGACCAGCUGACCCACCAGCUAAAACCAGCUGAUUCACUUGACCAGGCUGGAGGACCUUCUUAACCAGCUUUGUCAGUCUGGGAGGACAAGUUAAAACCUGCUACCUCCAUCUUAAACAGGCUAAGACCAGCCAACCAUCUUAGCCAAGCUGCUCUAAGCUGGUGAGUCAGCUGGUCUUUCAGCCUGACCAGCUAAAGAGUCCAAAAGCCCUCUAAAACCAGCCUGCUACACCAGAUUCCCCAGCUAAAACCAGGCUGGAAGACCAGCUGACCCACCAGCUAAAACCAGCUGAUCCGCUUCACCAGGCUGGAGGACCUGCUUAACCAGCUAUGCCAGGCUGGGAGGACCAGUUAAAAUCAGCUACCUCCAUCUUAAACAGGCUAAGACCAGCCAACCAUCUUAGCCAAGCUGCUUUAAGAUGGUGGGUGAGCUGGUCUUUCAGCCUGACCAGCUAAAGAGUCCAAAACCCCUCUAAAACCAGCCUGCUACACCAGAUUCCCCAGCUAAAACCAGACCGGGAGACCAGCUGACCCACCAGCUAAAACCAGCUGAUUCGCUUGACAGGCUGGAGGACCUUCCUUACCAGCUUUGUCAGGCUGGGAGGACCAGUUAAAACCUGCUACCUCCAUCUUAA